AUGGCGUCGUCGUGUCACUCUUUGUUGCGCUUUUGCGCUCUCUCGUUCAUCCUUCUCUUCUUGCAGGGCGCUUCUGCAUAUAUUGGAAGCGCUACCAUUUCAGGCACUGUUUUAAUCAUCGCACGCGACACAACAUCAGCGGAGAACGGCGCAGCAGCUGGAUUACGAGGCUAUGGCAUCCCCUUUGAAAUCUUGACUGUUCCACAGGCUGGGAUAUCGAACCUGCCUGUGCUCAACUCUUCCGCGACACAUGGCAAUUACGGAGGCAUUGUCACUAUUAGCGAAGUCGGAUACAACUAUGAUACUUCAUACUACAGUGCGCUUACCAGAAGGCAAUGGAACGAUCUCUAUGCCUACCAAAGCGCCUUUGGAGUCCGCAUGGUUCGCCUUGACGUGUUCCCUACCACAGACUUCGGUGUGAGCAGCCUGGGUGGUAACGUCAACGAUGAGCCUGUGACAUUCACAAACACUAGCGCAUUUUCCAUCGCUGGUCUGAAAACAAAUGUGGGCAUAAGCAUUGCAAACAUCUACCAUACUCCGGCGACCAUUGUCAAUGCAUCCAUUGCUUGGGAGAUUGCCCAAUUUGGCACUGCUGGAACAGCUGCAGUCAUCAAUCAGAUCGGCGAUCGCCAGCAGAUGGCUUGGUUCAUGCCUUUUGCGCUUGAUUGGGCUCCCUCAAGCAACAUCGUGCAGCAUUCAUGGAUUACGUGGGUCACACGAGGUCUAUUUGUGGGCUUCCGAAGGAUUUACUUGGGCACCCAGGUGGACGACAUGUUUUUAGAGACGCCGAUGUAUCGACCCCAAGGCCAGAACUACCGCUGCAAACCGGAAGACCUUGAUCUUCACGUCACUUGGCAGGCAGAUCUGAACUCCAGGCUACCAAAAGGCUCAGAGUAUUUUCUUGAGAUCGGUCACAACGGAAAUGGCGAUAUCGAAGCAGCAGCAAACACGGCCGCGGGUGAGCAAGUUUGUAGCCCUGGCAAUGGAAUGGCAUCAGGUGCCAUCGAGUAUGCAGAGCAACCUGAUGGAAGCCCCGAAUACACGAAGCCACCUGGAACAGGAAAAGACAUCUGGCCUUCCGCACCUGCGAAAUAUAGCUGGAGUCAGGAAUGUGCUCAGCUUGACGAGUUGCAAAAUUGGUUCGCUGACCAGGACAACCUCGAUAAUUUCGCGCAUAUUUCGCACACUUUCUCGCACGCCGAUCUGACUAAUGCGACCUACACCGAUGCGUCCAAGGAGAUUGCAUUCAACAGGGCCUGGCUUAAGCAGAACGGGAUCGAUGGGGCUAAGCGCUGGAGCGACUCCGGCAUUAUUCCCCCUGCCAUCACGGGUCUACAUAACGCAGAUGCGAUCAAGGGCUGGAUGGACAAUGGCAUAUUCAAUGUUGUUGGAGACAACACACGUCCGCUGCUGCGGAAUUCGAACACGUUCUGGCCCCUCAAUACCACAGUGGCCGGGAAUGGAUACGCCGGCUUGAACAUUAUGCCGCGGUGGGCAACGCUGAUCUACUACAAUUGCGAUCUGCCUGCUUGCACACUGCAGGAGUGGAUUGAUACUUCAGCCGGCAAGGGAACGUUUACGGACUUGUUGGAUAACGUGAGGGACACAGCCAUACGCAACCUCUUCGGACUGCAUUGGGAUGCAUACAUGUUCCACCAAGCGAACAUGCGCGUCAACGAUGUCCCGACGACAACUGUAAACGGGAAGCGAGAUCGGUUCUCGCUACUGAUGACAUGGGUCGAGACUGUCACUGCGGAGAUGAUGCGCCUUACAACCUGGCCCAUGAAGACCCUCAAGCAUGACGACCUAGCGCAAACCUUCCUCAAUCGCCAAGCCCGUGACUUGUGCAGGCCCAGCCUCACUUGGACUACAUCAGCAAACGGUGCUAGCAUCGAAAGCAUCAAUAUUUACACCGCCGGCGGCAAUACUUGCAAGACGCCAAUUCCGAUCACCGUGCCCGUCGCUACCGCUUCUUCCACUGGCGCCACGAAGGAGCAGGUUGGUAGCGACCCGCUCACAUUGUGGGUCACUAUGAGUGGCGCGAGCAGGAACUACAAGUUCACAACACCCUAUAGGCUAUAGGGUAAUCUUGGUUUGGGGGCGAGAAUCAUGGUAGCGGGUGUUCCUUUUCGUUAUACAUAAUGUAGAUCUUGGAGAGAAAAUUAGCAGCGAGAGAAACUCGUAUCUGCAAGCUUC